AAUCUCGCUAACCGCUUGCACCGUUAUGGUGGGAAACUGGGAAUCAGACAGUAGUGAGACGAGAAGAGAGAAAGAGAGAUAAUUAUAUCAGAUAGUAAUAUUUCUCUCUCUCUCUACUUCUCUCGGUCGUCUUCGUCAUCUUUCUUUUUUUCCUAAUUUAUCAAACUUUAGGGUUUUGUCUAAUCGUGCUCCCUUCGCUCUUAAGGUUUCACUUCUUCUCUUAGCUUUCUCUGCCUUCCGCUUCAGUUGGAUUGGAUCAUCGAUUUCCACAAUUACUCUCAAGUUCAGUCGGUGAGUUCCUUCGUCUUUGCGUAUUCGGUGUUUUAAUGCCCACGGGCAAUUCGAAGUGAUUAUCUCAGUACGAGCUCAGAUAUGAAUUGCUCAAACUAGGGUUUUGUUUCUAUCGAAUUCGAGAUUUCUGGUCUAUUUAUUGGCUGCGGUUAAUAAGAGUCUUCGGAGAUUUUAGCUUUCUCAAGCAAAUCCGUCAGCCAUACUAGACUGAUCCUGGGAUCGACUCGAGAAUAAGGGAAUCUAAAUCAGAAUUUCGUCGAUAUGACUGUGAGAAACGGUGGUUUCCCUGGAGAUUAUUGUUUUGAGACACCCGGACCCGGUGGAGAUUAUGAUGAAGGGUCUGAUAACCCUAGUAGUGCCUCUGAGGGUUCUAAUUGUCCCAAAAGAAAACUCGGCUGGUCAAAGUAUACUGACCUUGAAACGUUUGGUGUCUCGAAAUUGGUAUUACCCUUGUCUGGCAUGUCAUCAUCAGACAGGAAAGAGUUGAUCCGUAGGUUUAGACGAGAGUUAGAACAGAUACGGUAUUUUCAGAAGAAUUACGAGCUCUCUAGAUCAGUGGCUGUUACUAGUUCCUCUGCAAGUGGUUUGAGUCAAGCCAAGAGUUUUGGAAAGUCUCGAUGCUCUACUGGGCCAGGAAAGACAGUGAACCCUAUAAGUGCUGCUGCUAAACCGACUCCUGUUAGUACCGCGGUGAUGCUUCUGAUGAAGCAAUGUGAGGCGCUUCUAAAACGAUUGAUGUCACAUCAGUAUGGUUGGGUGUUCAAUACUCCCGUGGAUGUUGUCAAGCUGAAUAUAAUGGAUUAUUUUAAUGUUAUUAAGCAUCCGAUGGAUUUAGGAACUGUCAAGAAUAAGUUAACUUCGGGGACAUAUUCCUGUCCGUCUGAGUUUGCUGCUGAUGUCCGGCUUACCUUUAGCAAUGCAAUGACGUAUAAUCCACCUGGUAAUGAUGUUUACGUCAUGGCUGAUACACUUCGCAAGUUUUUCGAAGUGAGGUGGAAGACUCUCGAGAAGAAACUGUCCGCAACUAAAACUCAUACUGAACCGAGUAACUCUGAUGCCCACGAGGAAAGAGGGAUUGUAAUACCUGUACCUAUGCCUAAAAAGAGGAAGACGAGUGCAGUGGAGUGUGAGAACGUCGUUGACCCAGUUAAGCGGGUUAUGAAUGGUGAGGACAGACUCAAGCUCGGCAGGGAUUUGGAGUCCUUUACUGAGUUCCCACCACAGUUAAUAAAUUUCUUGAGAGACCACAACUCAAAUGAAGGGGUGAUUGGAGAUGAUGAGAUUGAGAUUGACAUUAAUGAUCUCAGUGACCAUGCUUUGUUUCAAUUGCGAGAUCUCUUAGAUAAGCAUUUGCGAGAGAGCGAAAACAAAAAAUCAAGUGCUGAACCCUGUGAGAUAGAGCUUUUGCAUGGAUCAGUGCCAGGGACUUCAUCAAUGCAACAUUGUGAUGGGAGGGAAAUGGAUGAUGAGGUUGUUGACAUUGGUGGAAAUGAACACCCAAAAUCAAGCAAUUCUCCUGUCACGAUAGAGAAGGAUCUAGUGUUUGGAAACUCUAAUGGUAAUAGCUUGGAAAACGUCUUCGGUGAUCCUAAAAUCUCAAGUUUACCAAGGACAUCAAAGGGGAUUGAAAACAUGGAUCCUGAACCUACGUUGGAUGGAGCUACAAGCGCUUCCCCAACACGAGAAUUAGCAUCGGCUGGUGGGUUGGAUCAGCUGGAAAGUGCAUCUCAGGAGAAAAUAAGUUCUGUUGAAGAGGCCGAUUGUCAGCAAGAUGGAAAUAGUGCUCAGAAUGAGAAGCAACUACCUCCUGAAAAAGUCUACAGGGCUGCUUUAUUGAAGAAUCGAUUUGCAGACUUGAUUUUGAAAUCCCGCGAGAAACCUCUUAACCAGAAUGUCACGAGAGACCCAGAGAAGUUGCAGCGUGAGAGAGAAGAACUCGAGCUUCAAAAGAAGAAAGAGAAAGCGCGAUUACAAGCAGAAGCUAAGGCAGCUGAAGAAGCUCGUAGGAAAGCUGAGGCACAAGCUGCAGGAGAAGCUGCAGCUGAGGCUAAGAGAAAGCUGGAGCUUGAAAGAGAAGCAGCGCGCCAGGCAUUGAUGGAGAUGGAGCAGUCGGUUGAACUCAAUGAAAACGCAAAGUUUCUCAAGGAUCUGGAGCUGCUCAAAACAGACCAACUGACAAAUGAAAUAGAGGAGGAUGGGCCAGAUGUGUCUCACGAUGGGUUGCUGCGUAGUUUCAGUUUUGGGGGUAGUAAUCCUCUGGAGCAGCUUGGGCUGUUUAUGAAACAGGAUGAGGAUGAGGAGGAAGCUGACCCGCUCACAUCACCAGCUCCCGGACUUGAUAUAGAAGAGGGAGAGAUUGAUUGAGCUUGUGUGAAAAUCGGUCAAACAAUAGAAAUAUCUGGAUUCAAGAAAACAUAUACUAGUGUGACUGUCUGAUACAGUAGACUCAAGCAGAGAGAGAGAGAGGCGUCCAAUGAAACAUGGUCAUUCAUGAUGACUUAAAGUUUUGCUUCGAAUGUUCCUGAGAUAUGUAUUCUAUAGUCUAGUCUAAAUUUUUUGCUUUUUUUUCUUCUUUUCUUUGCGUUGUUGCUGUGUGAUUUUGUGUGUUCUCUUCGUGCAUAAAAGGGUCUUAUGAUCCGUCUGUAACAGUAAAAUAAAGACUUCAUUUAGCGUUUUUGAUUCCAAAGAGUAAAAUAAAGACUUCAUUUA